AUGACACCUUCAAACCGUGAAGGAAGACGCAGACAAGAAAGUGGUAGACAAGGAAAUAGAUUCCAAGGAGGAAGCAGGAGAUUGGUUGCCGCGCUAACGAAACCACCACCAGGUCGACCUUUAUACGAUUCUUCUGAUGAAGACAGGGAUGAGGAAGACCCUGUGGACAGUGUUGAGCCACUAACGGAACUGCAUCCGAAAGAGACCAUGAGUUUGAAGGACAAGACGCCGACCAAGUUUACGGAUAUGGUGCUCUCUAAACCAUAUCAAAAAGAUCCCGAGGCAUAUUUGGUUUAUGUCUCUGAUGAGCGAUUCGAUGAGCUUCAACAGUGGCCCUUCACUGUUGGUCCCGCUGAAUUCAAUACAGCUCUAUUACACUGUGUUGUUGGUCCUGAAGUGUGGCUGGAAAACCAUAGUUUAUUUCAUGAACUUCAAUUUCUCAUGUCAAAUCAAACUGCCUACCAUAAAUGGAGGAGUGACAAGAAGAAGUGGGAAGUCAGCGAGUACCUCAUGGCUUUUGGUAAAGGCAUUUUGCUUUCUCACGGAAAUACCAACAAAGUUUGGGGAGUCGACGCCGAUAGUAUCUACAUUCCAAUGUCUGUAAGCGGGAACCACUGGAUAUCACUGUGCAUCCACUUCUCGGACAGGAGCAUACACGUCUUCGACUGCAAUGGUCUGAAAAGGUUCAGAAAGGUUGAUGCUUUCGCCAACAUGGUACUGCGCAUCUUCAAGGAAGUGCAGCCGGCUGCUGCGAAGAAAAACCUAGUAAUUGCACCAUAUUCCGUGAGGUAUGUGCCUAUGCGACAGGGGAUUAAUGAAAGUAACUGUGAUUGUGGCAUUUAUGCGUUGAAGUUCAUUGAGUGCCAUGUGCUAGGACUUGACAUGUUAUUGUUGUAUGAUACUAACAUUAGAGAGACUAGGUACAAGAUAGCAUGUGAUCUAGUUGAUGCGGCGAAGGAUAAGGUUUUGUUAAACCGGAUGUCAAGGUAUAUACAACCGGAGUUUGCUCCAACUGAGACUGUAGACAUUAGCUGA